AUGUCGCACAUGGUUGCGUGUACGAAUGUACGCCAUCGCAGCAUGAAGCUCAUCGUCAGUGGCGCCACCGGCUUCCUCGCCACCGAGGUCAUCCGCCAGAGCCUCCAAAGGCCCGAAAUCACCUCCGUCGUCGCCGUCAGCAGACGGCCGAUAACCGCCCCACAAGGAGCCGAUCCUUCCAAAUUGAAAAAUCUCGUCCUCAAGGACUUUAAUCAUUAUUCCGAAGCCGACAAAAGGAGCUUGCCGGGGCCAAAGGAUGCAUCUGGUGAGUACAUGAACUGGCCCGGCACGAAAUGA